CCCCCCCCCCCCCCACACAGUGCUCCAGCACAAGAAACACCAGACGGAGGGUGCGAGCCAGAUGUCACGUCACAAACCGCUCCACUGCCUGUCUCUCCAUCCCUCAAGCUCUCUACGCUAAAUGACGACGACACACAACGCAUCACAUAGCCAGACAACACAAGACAACGAUCCGUCCCCCUCUCUCUCUCUCUCUCUGUAUCCCUCCCCACCGCCAAACAUUAGAAAAGCCCACAAACGAACGGACUGAACUGACUGAGUGGUUCGUUGGGGCAGGCCUGGCUCCGCCACACAUGAGACACUCGCGCGGUGAUCCACCUCCUCUCCCCACUGCCGUCCGUCUUUGCAGUUCAAGAUGGAAUAGGAAGACUACUUUGGGAUGACAACUGACUACUUGUGAGUGUCUUAUCAGGGGAGUCUACUCGGUCGGUCGUUGUACUCCUUCACUCCCCCGGCAGCUGCAGCUGCUUGACCGGCGUGGCCGUCCUCACCAACACCGUCAGAGACACAGCCUGGGUCGUCACCACGGACACACACACACACACACACACAGAGACAGAGAGAGAGAGAGAGAGAGGAUUCCAGCGCGCGUCUUGUUGUGGGUGUGGGUGUCAUAUCUGUGGGUGUGGGUGUGGCUGCCUACGGUGGUGAGGAUGGUGCAUGCGAUGCAGGGCACGAAGGCCACUAUGGCCAGGGCCAUCACCGCCACCGCACUCCGGUCCUGACGCCACCACUGAAUGCGCACCCACACCGACACUACACACACACACACACACAGCCAGAAGAUCCCCGAGCUGCAGCGAUUGUGUUCGUGUCUGUCUGUCUGUGUGUCCUACGCGAGAAGGCCAGCCCGACGAUGCCGGCCAGGCAUGUGCCCAGCAGAGUGGUCAGCUCCACGACAUGAGGGAUGAGCUGCGACACCACCACGGGCACACCCACAACAAACAGGGUCGAGGCGAUGUACUCUAACACCUCCAGCGCUGGUAGGACAGACAAAACACACACACACACACACACACAGAGAGAUAGAGCGAGAGAGGUUCGCUUAUUCGCUCCCUCUGUCGUGUCUUUUCUCCCGUGCGUAGCUUACGCUGCAGGUCUUCAAUGGGUUCGAUCAUAUCCAUGGCGAUCCCAUGCCACCCCCCGCUCCCACUGGCCGUGUGCGUCAGCCCACAGCUGCCGUUCAGCCCCGAGCUGCUCGCACUGACCCCGCUGCUGCUGCGGGCAAACCCGCCCUCGCGCCGCCCCUCCCGCCUCACCGAGCGCUCGAGGUGCGGCAACAAACUGUCGCUCACAGUGCGGACGGGGCGGUCGGCAUCGUCGGGGUGCUGGGUGUCUCUGUCUCGUGGCAGCAGAGGCUCCCUCGGCCCCUCACCGCCCUCGACAGGGGUGCGGCUUCUUGCUAUGGGUGAGGUGGACAGCGGGCGGGGCCGCUCCCUCUUGGACGCGCGAAAGAUGCCGCGUGAGUUGCGGAUGCUCGUGGCGGUGACGCCCCGGCGCUUGAAUGAGGGCCUGGAGAGAGAGGCCGGGAGAGAGGCCGCACCCGGCUGGCUGGCCGUGCCGUUAGAAGGUGUCCCCUCUGCGUCCCCUUGGUCGAGGGGGAAUGGCGGCAGCGCCGGCACUCCUGACCCACCCUCGCCCUCGCCCCCCUCCUGCCCGACCAGACUGGCCUCACUGCCGCUGUGGCUGCCGGGGAGUGGCCCGCCUCGUAUGGCCGCCUCGAGGGCACUCAUGACGGGCUGCAUCCGUCGCAUCGUCUCGCUGUUGAUGCUGCCCUGACCAGGGCUGCCCAGACCAGACGAGGGGCGGACGGGGGCCGCGCCAGAAGCCGAGUGCGGCGACUGACCUGAGCCGUCCUGAAUGAGCAAGUCGAUUGAGCUGCCGCCACCGCUGGCCACUACCCCGGCGCCAAGGUCCCCUGGACGGGUGUGGCCACGACCCUGCACAAACACACAGCACACAACAGACAGACACACAGAGACACACACGUGGUGCGUGCGCAUUGAAGAGAGAGGGAGACAGUGUGAUGAAUCCAUCCAUAACUUGAUGAUACCCACCCACCGGUGCUUCAUCCCGCCGAGCAACAGCCACGUUGGAUCCCCAUGUAGCCGCGUCACUGUCAUUGUUCUGUGACGCCCGCUGACGCAAUGUGACGCCGCGGCGGUGGGAGGAGUGGCGUGUGCCGUGUGCGCGGUGGGGUGAGUCGGGAAUGACGUCUAGGCGGGGGAGGGAUGACGGGGCGAAAAAGUGUGGCGACCUGUGGUCGAAAGGCGUCGGCAGGGUGGCGGGGCCGCCAGCCAAGUACUCGACGGAGAGGUAUGCUGAGUGGCGGUGGCUGUGCUGCAUGGGCAGCUGGGUUGCCUGCGGGCUGGCAAGCACACACGUCUGGUCUAUCCUGCGGGGGGGGACACACACGGCAGGCAGGGCACACACAGGACAGACAGGGGGAUGGAUCAACACAAACACACAACACACACACACACAAACACACAUCGGCCGGCGAUGGAUCUGAUCACCAGGGCCACCCGACCCACCUGGUAUCAGUGGCCGCCGUGUACAGCUCCCCGGUUCGCCACAUUUUGCCGAAGAACAUGAGUGUGGACCUCAGCAUUUGGCUGCACAGCGCCAGGCUACUCACCAUCCCGCAGCAGUACACCACCCUGCCCACCGUAAGGCUGUACGCCCCCACUAUCCACACCGCUCUCCGCCACCCCGUGGCCCAAUCACCACCGGCACUCUCCAUCUUCUUUUUCGUAAUGGUCGACCCUCGCAGCAGCGGGGGCGGCGGCGAUUGGUGUGCUUCCGACGGCACCACUGGCACCUCCUCCAGGUCUAGCAGGCUGAACGAGGCGGCCACGGCCAGUGCGACAUAGAAGAGGGUCUGAAUGGCUGUGCUGACGGCCAGGAGGCCGAUCACCCGAGCCUUCGACGGGGAGGCGAUCUGCCCGAGCACGUUGAAAAAGUGUCGGUGGCAGCAGAAGAAAAACAGGAUCACGGCCAAGGCAGCGGCGUGGUCCAUCAUCAGCUGGAGGGGCCGCGGAAUCCCCUUGACCGUCGGCAAGCGGCAGCCCUGAUGGCCAUCGCCAUGAUCGCUGGCGUGAUCGUGCCAGUUCAUCGUGGGGUCGGUGGUGCCGUCCUCACUGAUUAUGUCGGCGUACAGCCACUCCCCUCGUGUCACGUUCGCCGUAGUGCCGCCAUGGGAGAAGCCGCCGCCAGUGCCACGAGGCAUCCCCAGCCCCGUGGCGUCAUCGAACGGCUGCCGAUCCACUGCCGUAUGAGAGGAUGGCAGCGGGAUGGCACUCACAAUGACGGCGAUGACAGCGAGCAGCAGCGUGGCGGCGAGGGUGAGCCGUCUUGUCCACCAGGUGAGCUUCGAGUAGUUGACCAGAAGCGUCAACGGGAUGACCAGACACAGCGCCGCGAUGAGGGACGAGAUGAAGGGGAUGGACAGAAAGGCCGCCAUGGACGAGCUGCUGGAGUCCCACGGCAUCAUGUGCAGCAAGACACCUUUCCACACCACCCGAAAGAGGUCCCAGCACAGGCAAGCCGUCACCAAGGUCUCGAUGAAGAGGAAGACAUCCAGCAGCUUCGCGGCGGGGGUGCCGAUGAGCGACAGGACGGUGUCCUGAUAGCUCUCCCCUCCGAUGCGCAGCGCAGCCGUGGCCAGCAUCGCCAGCGACGCCAGAGUCACCGAGGCCGCCAUGACGAUGUACACGCAGCUGGCGGUCACGCCGACAGUGCGCACGACGUAGGGCAUCAGGAAGAGGGCGAACCCCAGGCCCAUGCCGCUGGAUGUGCCCACGAAACUCAACACCGACGACACGGAAUUCUUCCGCAGCAUCAUCCUCAUGGUCGGAUCCAUCAUGGCCAUCGACGGACAGAGAGAACAGACACACAGGCGCAGGGAGAGAAAGAAACAGAGAGAGGUGGUUGAAAAGAUAUGCGGUGUGGACCGCCGGGCUAGCUUUGUGCAGGAAAAUCGCCCGCGAGACCGUCUCGGAAAAUCGCAGAGGAGAUGGCCGGUAGC